GGAAAGCGGCUGGCUGACCUGUCGAAGCACCUCGGUCUGCGCCACGUCGUGUACAGCGGCCUGGAGAACGUGAAGCAGCUGACAGGGGGCCGGCUGGAGGUGCUCCACUUUGACGGCAAAGGCGAGGUGGAGGAGUACUUCCGGGAAGUCGGUGUUCCCACCACGAUCAUCCGACUGCCGUUCUAUUUUGAGAACUUCCUCUCCAUCUUCAAGCCACAGAAGGUCCCGCAGGGAGAUACCUUUGUCCUGGCGCUGCCCAUGGGGGACACCCCCAUGGAUGGGAUGGCAGUGGAGGAUGUUGGGCCUGUUGUGCUUUGCCUGCUGAAGUUCCCAGAGGAGUAUAUAGGCCAAGUGAUUGGGCUCAGCACCGGCAAGCUCACCGAGGCAGAGUACGCCGCUGUCCUCUCCCAGCAGACUGGCAAGACAGUGAAAGCCAGCAAGAUCUCGCCAGAGGAGUAUGAGAAACGUGGCUUCCCCGGGGCCAAGGAAUUGGCCGCCAUGUUCCGUUUCUACACCCUGAAGCCGGACCGCAACGUGGACCUGACCAUGAAACUCAACCCCAAAGCCCGCACCUUCCAUCGGUGGGUGGCGGACAACGUGGCUGCCUUCUGA